AUGAGUUCUAAGAAUGUUGCAACAGCUAUUAUUGAUUUUUUAAAUCAAGCCACAGCUACCAAUGCAGUUUCUGAUGAGGAAAAAGAAAGUUUAGAGGUCGCUGCCCAAUGUAUCAAAGACUCUUUUAAGAUCAAUCCCAUUGAAAUAGUUCCUGGUUCAGGAAAGCAAUUGGUAGAUGCUUAUGAUGCCUACGAACAGCAGCAUCCUGUUGAGGCAACCUCAUCCAAUGCUUCAAAUGGUAAAGAUGAAGCCGAAAAAUAUAAAGCUCAAGGAAACGAAGCAAUUGCCAAAAAAGAGUACCAGAGUGCUGUCGAUCUUUAUACUAAGGCCAUUGAGCUCGAUCCUACUUCUCCCGUGUAUUACUCUAACCGUGCUGCCGCUUAUAGUCAAUUAGGACAAUACGAGUCUUCCGUAGAGGAUGCAUUGACUUCUUUGAGCAUCGAUCCCAAGCAUGCUCGUGCUUAUGGUCGUCUCGGUCGCGCCAAGCUUUCCCUUGGCGAUGCUGCUGCUGCUGCUGACGCUUAUGCAAAGGGAUUAGAGCUGGACCCGAGUAACGAUGUUUUAAAACGUGGUUUGGAAGCUGCCAAAGAACAAAUUAACCCAUCAUCUGAUGUUGAAGCUCAAGGCUCUACCACCGAACAGUCUCGUGACGCAGGAGCCGGAGGCAUGCCCGAUUUGGGUUCCUUGUUCUCUGGGGGAAUGCCUGAUUUAGGUUCUUUGAUGAACAAUCCUGCUAUUAUGAACAUGGCUCAAAACAUGAUGCAAUCAGGAGCCUUGAACAAUUUGAUGGGUGAUCCCAACAUUGCUAAUAUGGCUCGCAACUUCCAAAGCGGUGGCGGCAUGCCUGAUUUGAAUUCCUUGGCUGGCAAUCCCCAAUUGCAAAACUUGGCACGCAAUUUUAGGAACAACCAAAAUAACGGUAAUCCCGAAAACAAUUCUCAAUAA